AUGGCGCACGGCUUGGACGGUGAAGUCCUUGAACCGAACAAGGGUACCGAUGAUGCGGACGGGUCCAACAAAUUGACUAGUGCGGAACAGGUCUACCAUAACGAUCUCAUAAUGCGUAAAGUGAUCGGUUAUGUUAACAAUGUCAAGGACCGUCAUAAUGUGGAACUUGCCAGUCGGUAUUUACGCGACUUGAGCAAGAAAGUACCGUUUAUCAGCACUGGCGGUAACAAUGUCAUCCUGGAUAUGGAGUUUAAUAUAAUAAGACCGGCGAUAUCAGUGAAAAUUGCGGGCAACGAAUUCAUUGCGGACACGCUUGUUUCGAAUGACCUUCAUUUUUUGGAUGGAGCUGGAGCAUCUCAACCGGAGCGUUCCCUCCAGAAGUUUCAGCAAAUUUUCAAAUUAUUUUCGCGGCAGACUCAUCAACUGAUGAUUGGCGGAAUUCCGGAUUUCCAUCGGGAAUUGGGUUUUAUCCCAGACCACCAG